UGCAUUCCCCAACUUUUGCUGGCUUACCCCCCGACACCCUAUCCUAUCGCUCUCCGCUCCUCGACCCCCCUUUACCCCGUGCUUCUGAAUGACAGGACCAUGUGCGCCCCAACACUGCAAAGGCUCCCUUGCCUUUAAAUACACUGGUCUCACCUGCUCAGACAUGUUGCGCAUCCAGCUCACUCCCCAUCAGUGAAUGGGUUGAUGGUUUUCAUCUGAAACUGUGUUGCUGAUAUCUUUGUCUUCAUCUAUCUAGUCGCCAGGGGUUUGGCAGGGGAGGUAACAACAAAAACAACUCGCCCAAGAUGAACAACGGUGCCCCAAACCAGGCUCCCGUGGCAUAUCCAGCUCAGGGGGGCGUCAUGUCCCAUUCCCCCUCCGUCAACUCGACCCUCUCGGUGGACAGCGCCGCGACCGUCAACGAGAACAAUGACUCGGCCAAGUAUUUCUUCCAGGAGAAGUACGCCCCGUUGAAUGUGAAGGGAAACUUCUUGACCUUGUGUGCCUGUCCCAAAAAUGUCGAGUUGGGAGAGUGGUUGGCUCAUCAGAUUGUCGAGCAGUACCGUCUACUCCACGGUAUGCUCCAGGUGAUCCAAGAAGUGAACACCGUGACUGGGCUUCCAAUCUGCAAUGAAAACACCUGCCCCACCAUGUCAGCUGGCCGAUUGACAUACACAUGGCUGGUGGACGGACGUGCGGCAAAGAUUUCUGCCCCCAAGUUUAUCAAUCGUGUCGAGAAGUGGAUUGUCAGCAAGAUCCAUGACCCCGUCAUGUUCCCUACGGACCCGGUCAAUGGUGUGCCUCGCACUGCCGUUGGAGAUGCUGCGAGUGGAGACGACUGGAUUGGAAAGUCCAGCGGCUUCCCUCAGACCUUCUACAAGGACUGCCAGGGUAUCAUGAAGCAGAUGUUUCGCUGCUACGCGCACCUGUAUCAUGGACACUGGCUCGAUCCGUUCUGGCACAUCAACCGCCAUGAGAUGCUGAAUAUGAGCUUCGUCCACUUCGUCACUGUCGCCAAAUACUACAAACUGGUCGCUGACAAGGAGAUGGAGCCGAUGCAACCCCUCAUCGACCUGUUCAUCAAGCAGGAGAAGAUUCCUCCGGAAGCUAUUGCAGGUCACUGGGCUCAACAACAGCAACAGCAGCCACAGCAGCCACAGAGUACGGCGUGAUCGAGCAGGAUCCAUCACGGCGUAGAAGAAGAACAAAUUUCUUUCAAAUACACCAUACACUCCUGGUUGCAUCUGAUGGAUGACAAUGGCAUAUCUUCUAACCUGGCGUUGGAUGUUCGCUUCUUUUUUUUUUUCCCAGUUCCUUGUUGUUGUUGUCUUCUGGUGGACAGAUGAAGUGAACGGAUA